AUGUCCUCAGAGCCCGCGCCAGAACCUCCUGCCCAAGCCAUAUCCGAGAAUGCCCCUCGACCGUCCGUAACAGCCAUCUCGACACCGGAGCUCGAGCUAUCCAAGCUCCAGGCCUUGCCCACAGAGCAACAAGACCUGUUCCUGCUGACCUUCGUUUCGACCCUUACGAAGCAUGUACUCUCUCUCACUGCCGAUGACUGCACUGCGCAGCAGUUCUACCUCAAAAAGGAGAUCUUCCAGAUCAUAAACCUCACCACACCGCCGCCUACCCGUGUCAUACGGAACAGCAUUGGGAAAUGUCUCGCCCACAUAUUCGAGAAGGGAGACCGGAAACUCCUGGUCGAGACCGUCAACGACCUCGUAGCCAUAAUAUCGAGCGGAAAAUCGAAGGGCGAGGGCGAGGUUCGCGCGAAACAUGCUGCCGUCUCCUGUCUCGGCGACGUCUUCGCGGCGGCGGGUGACAGCGUCAUCCAUUACCACCAGCUGGCUUGUAUGGCACUUCUGAAGCUCCUGAAGGGCUCGGCAAACCAUGCAGGCCUCCGCGCGGCGUGCUUCACGGCACUUGGGAAAAUUGCGAGGAUGGUGGCCGGCAUGAUGGACGAAUCCAUCGCAAGAGACAUAUGGAAGCAGGGCCGUAACCAUGCCUCUACGGACAAGGGCGCGCUGGUCGGUGCAGCGGCCUGUCGAUGUCUUCGGUCUUUGAUGCGGAAUACCAACUAUUUCAAGAACUCGAACGACUUCGAUAAGGUCCAGACGGCUAUGUUCAAGACGUUCGAGCAUACGUCCUCGACUACGCGACGAGCAGCUGCUGAGUGUCUGGCCGAGGCUUUCGUCAGGGGCUACUCGGAGUCAUCUGCUGGAGAGACAUUUCAAGAAGUUGCAGUCAAGAAACCAAAGUCUAAGGCAGCGAAGCGCCAGUCAAUGGGACCUGGCGCACUGCAGGACGAGGAUGACAUACCGUCGAGGCCUGGGAGUCCCGCGCCUACCAAAAGAAACCCGAACCUGGCGAUGACCCCUGGGGACAUGCUGAAAUCGUUGUCUACCCAGUACGGUCGCAUGGCUACGUCUAACAAGGCCAGAUCCGCCAUUGGGAUAUGCUACGCAACGCUUCUGCAGCGACUUGGGGAGAAGGCUGUCGAAAUCAACUACUACAACAUUGUUGAGAACCUUACCUUGGACUUGCUCGCCAAUCCCAAUAUCGUAAACAACCGAUAUCGUCUUCUUAUUUCACGCCGCAUCGUCGAUCACUUGCUUCAAGAUGUCGUAGGCAAGAAAAUACUGGGCGAGACUGGGCAGUCCCAUGCUGCAAAAGUCUUGAUCAACGACAUCCUCAAGAACUACCCACAAGCAUUGAAGGAGCGACCAGAGCCAACUAAGAACAUGCUGAUCGCCGCGAUGGGAGCACUGGGCUCUUUAAUGAUCUCACUUGGCUCAGCGUCAAAUAGCUUCGCCGAAUCCGCCAGGGAUGCAUUGUUGCAAGUCCUUCAGCACCCGAGCUACACUGUUCAAGUCUACACUUCGGCAUGUCUCAAGACUUUCGUCCUCGCGUGUCCACAGCAGUUGCUUCCCUGUCUUUCAGUAUGCAUGAACAGCUUGAGCAGGGAACUUGGUGUGCUAGGAACAGGUCGCAACUCACAACGGAAAUGCACUGGCUUCUCUCACGGCCUAGCUGCCACGCUUAGUGCAAGUCCGGCCCGGCCGCUGUACGGCUCUGUCGAUAUCAACAGCCGCGUGCUCACGAUGGCGACAAACUUGCUGAAAACCAGUGGAAAACAAGAACUUCGUGUCGCUAGCACGCAGAUCCAAGUUGCUUGGACACUGAUCGGAGGUCUCAUGUCCUUGGGGCCCAACUUCGUCAAGAUUCAUCUGUCCCAGUUGCUCCUCCUCUGGAAGAACGCGCUGCCAAAGCCUCUUGCGAAGGACAAUACGUCGGCACGAAAUUACCUAGAGGCGUCCUUCCUCGCACACGUGCGAGAAUGUGCUCUGGGCUCUAUAUUGGCAUUUCUAGAGUACAAUAGCCGACUUUUGACCGUCGACGUUUCGAAAAGAAUCGCGACCAUGCUGCAAAGUACGACGGCCUUCUUGAAGACACUGCCCAAGAAGAAAAUAUCGGAUGAUAUCUCCGAGAGACUGGCCCCGGCUUUGCAGCUUCAUGACAUCGAGAUGAUGGUCCAGAGGCGCGUCAUGCAAUGUUACAUCAAACUGGUGAACACAAGUCCAGCUGGCGGUAGUGAGGCACUCUUGCAGUCAAAUCUCCUCACGCUGGCGAUUUCAUUGUUUGCGGACCCCGAAAACUACUCCCCCAGUUCUUUGAGUGCGGCGAUUGCGAGCUCCGCCGGCACGUUCGAGACGAUCUGGGAUGUCGGCGACAACUCGGGGUACGGUGUCACCGGCCUUGUCACUGGGUUCAGUGUCAAGUGGCUACCUGGGCAGCAUGAAAGCGCCGUGGAGCAGUCUCUCACAGAGGACAACAGCCCAGAAGAUGCGAUGGAAAACCUUCUGUUGUCCCCUGUGUGUGGUGCCCUGGAGCACGACGCAUCUACCCUCUACAUUGGCGGACAAGAAGCGUUCAACUGCCUGACGAACCCUCCGGCUACCGAGGUCGUAAAUAUGGCCAUCCAAUUGUUCGCAUUCGCAUUCCCUCUUACGCCAGCCAAGGUCCAGGAGAGUAUCUUGGAACAAAUCGCCUCGUUCAUGGCAGCUGGCUCAGGCGAACGCGACGCAGCGCGGAGAGCGGCCAUCAAAGUCAAUGUGGCGACAGCCUUCCUGUCAACGCUCAAGGUUGCCGUCAAGGAGACGAAAUCGCCUCCGGGAGAUGUCACCAAUCUGCAAGUCGAAAAGCUGCUUCAAGACACGAUCAGGGGCUUUGUGCUCGACACAGAUCAGUAUGUGAGAAACUUGGGCUACGCAGCUAUUGCUCGCCUUUGCAACGCUUGCGGCAAUGCCUUCACGAAUUCCGAGAUCAAGUUCCUCGUAGACACAAUCGUGGUCAACAGAGAGCCUAGUGCCAGAGCAGGAUGUGCCAUGGCACUGGGUUGUAUUCAGGCCAAAGUUGGCGGCAUGGCUGCUGGAUAUCAUCUCAAGACUAUCCUCGGCAUACUCAUGUCACUCUGUAACGAUCCGCACCCGACAGUGCAUUUCUGGGCCCUAGAGGCCCUGGCGCGUGCUGCCGAUGCCGCGGGCCUGGGUUUCUCUCCAUAUGUCUCGAGCGCGCUUGGCAUGCUUGCCCAGCUCUACGUGUCAGAUACGCACAAUGCAGAGGUCGCAUCUGCGAUCUCCAUGAACCUGGAGUUGGAGCUGUCCACAACGGCAUCCAUCACAAGAUGCGUCGACUCUCUGAUCAACGUCCUCGGCCCAGACUUGCAAGACAUCAGUAAGUCCAGAGAGCUUAUACUCACCCUGGUCGGGUAUCUUCAAGAUGAAGAAGACACAAAAGCUCAGACGGCGAGCCUUGGCUGUCUAGAACAUCUAUCCCUGUAUGCGCCGGGGUACAUGUAUUUCGCCGACUAUGUCAAGUUGCUUCAGAAGUACCUGAAUUCGGGUCAUUCUACACUCCGAGACGUCGCGAUUGACGGCAUUUACAACAUCAUGAAGCGCGACCCAUACGAUGUCAUACGAGCCGCAGAACCAGGCCUGGAGGACCACUUGUGGCUCGCACUCGACGCAAACCCCGAUCACGAUGGCAUUCGAAACAUCAUCCAGAAUUGGAUGCGUCAGACCUGCUUAACGGACACGGCAGAUUGGCUCCAGAGAUUCCAAGGCGUGUUGAAGCUCACAAGACCCAAAGCUGUCGCCGAUAUCCAGGUGUUGACCAGGAGGGCAACAGCAGCCGUUGACAUACAGGACGAAGAGGUGGCCGGGUUCGCGGCAGCUGGUGGUGUGGCCAAGGAUGACAAAGAGGGCGGUUCGGGCUCCGACGUGGAACCGCUGAGAUGGCAAGUCAUCGCCUUUGCGAUGACCCUCCUCAACGACGUGUUUGUCUUCAUCAAUAAGGAUGUCAUGACGAACGGAGAGUCCGCUGCUCAGCUGGCGCUGCAGAGCAGAAUCGCAGAUGUAGUCCGCAUGGCGUUUUCUGCUUCUACCUCUGGUGUGCUGGAACAACGCAUCUGGGGUCUCAAAAUCAUCGGCGCAGUGUUGAAGAUGUUUGGAAAGACUCCUGAUCCAGACUUCGAUGAGGCAAUGCUUUUGGAGCAGUACCAGGCUCAGAUCAGUUCGGCUCUAACGCCCGCCUUCGCUGCUGAUUCAUCCCCUGAGCUGGCGUCAGAGGCUGUCAAUGUGUGUGCGGCUUUCAUCGCCACUGGUAUCGUCAAGGACGUCGAUCGAAUGGGUAGGAUCCUGAAGACUCUCGUGAGCGCCCUCGAAAACUUCGCCACCGAAACCGACAACGCCGGCAUAGGCGAGCUGAAGGGGUUGAGCUCCAAUGCCCAGGUCAUGGUCAAGAUGGCGGUCUUCUCGGCUUGGGCGGAGUUGCAAGUUGCAAGCACUGAGCAACCCUACCUGCUCGAAGUGCUGAAAGCACACAUUGGCAUGCUGACUCCACUGUGGCUGGAGUCACUCAGGGAGUUCGCCCGACUGAGAUUUGAGCCAGAUAUUUCGAUGACCCUCGGCCCACCAUCGUUGUCCGGCAGUCUGGACACUAUCUACGCGGCGCUCAACCGAGAGACACUGCUCAAGUUUUACCAGGACUCGUGGUUGAAACUUGUAGAUGCUAUUGCGAGUCUGAUCGGACAAGACAGUGAAUUCGUGUUCGAUGCCCUCGACGGCAAGACCACUGCAGACGCGGCAACCAAUGGCCAUUCCAGGGGGUCAGAUAUCAACUACCGCGAUGAGCCGCUGGCGUUCUUCUUCGUUCUCUUCGGAAUCGCGUUCGAGGCUCUUGCUGCGAAACCAGGCCAGGCAGACUCCCUUGCUCGCCAGGAGCAAACACUCGAGAUUCUCCAAGCUCUUAAGAAGAUCUUGCAUCCGAGCGUUUCAGGUCAUGCCAUCUACAGAGAGGCCAUCUUCUCAGAGACUAUGGAUCUUCUGGAUCGGCUUGUGCUGACCGAGGGCUUGGACGUGCAAGGCGUCAUUGUUGAGAUUGCCAGGGCGCUCUGCGUUGCGCAUCCCGCAGCCAGGAAGUCUGCGGAGGCAGACAAUGGAGAGCUGUCCGAGGACAUUGAGCAGCUCUUCGAGCUGACGCGUAUCAUUGUCCUGGUGCUGGCCGGGCUUUUGCCGAACCUGACAGAAGCAAACCAACCCGUCCGCCAUGUCCUGACCGAAGAGGCCGUGCUGCUCAUCCGCACUUCCCUGAAUGCCCUAGUUGAUGCUGCCGAGGUCUUCCCCGCUGUCAUCAAGACAGACUUACAUGCUUGCCUUAUCCACAUUUUUGCUACUAUUCUAUCGACACCAUUGUGCCAGGAGAUUGUCGUACCGCAAUCUCUGCCAACACUUAAACGCUUCAUCGCGACUAUGGCUGGCCCACGGGAGGGAAACAACGGGCCCGCAGAUGUCCAGCUUCAAGGCUGCUUGCGGCGCUUCUUAUCCAUCUACCUCCACGCGCAGAAACGGGAAAGGCCGACGGACCUUGCGAAUGUCAAGAGAAGCCUGUUGGCCAUCACCAUUCUGUUCACAGGUGGGCAGAAUCACCUGUCGGCUAACGACCCCAUUGUGGCCAAGUUUUUGGAGGAGUUGGUGGAUUGUCUGACGGAUCGCAUGACUGCCAAGAUCGCGGCCAACUGCGUUCGAUCGCUCCUCCUACGAGGCAAACCCACCGUGGCCGACGAAACCAUCUCCCGGUUCCUUUUGCCGCGCCUAAUCUCCUUCGCGACGACCACAGACCACGAGGACCCGGAGCACGCGCGCCCCCUCGUCGCGCACACGCUCUCGCAGUACGUCGGCGUCGUGUCCAAGGACCACACGGCCAUCGCCAUGUCGCUAGUGGUGCCGACGCUGCUGUCGCGUGCCUCGACCGAGGGCCCCGAAGACAAGGACAUCUACCGCGAGACGAGCGGGCUGCUGCUGGACCUGGCGUCAGUCGAGCCGGCCAGCUUCCGGGGCGUCGUGGCGGGCAUGAGCGAGGGCCAGAAGGCGUUCAUGGAGGAGGUGAUCAAGAGCGGGAGGACGAACGAGAGCGUCGAGAAGGAUGCGGACUCGGGCUCCGGGCAGCCCACCAUUGCGCUCAAGAUGAACUUUGGCGGCAACUGA